AUGGUAACAGGCAAAUGGCCGUCGACAGGCCCACGACAACUGCACACGAUGAAUGCUGAUCUGGUGCUACCAGUUUGCCAGAACGAGGAUGAAACUAGCGUAAGCACCGGCAAAGGGAAGGGAGGGAGGCGGGUUGCCCCAUCCAUUUGCAGAAAAGGGUUACACGACACCAACAGAAGCCGUCAUGCGACGGUCAGCCCGAGGACCGACUUGGUACCAGCGUCGACGGGAAAACUAGCAAUAGAGGCUGUAGGAAAAGUAGAAAGUGUGAGGCUGCGCGCUCAUUAA